UCCUCUUUUCCUUUUCUUCCUUGUUCAGUCAGCCAAACUGAUAAAACAAAAAUACUAGCCACAAUAGUUCCUCCCAAAUUGGCAAAGUCAUGGCAACCCAAUCCGGUCUCUUUACUCCCACCACCAUCACCGCUCCAAAACCCAACUUGAUUCCAUGGAAACCAACCUCUUCGUUCUCAUUCACUAGCACCACAAAGCCUCUCACCUUUUCGACCACCCAAAGAUCUCUCAAAGUUGCCGCUGCAGCCGAAGAGAAAACUGAAACUCCCACGAAAGAGGCCCCAGUAGGCUUCACGCCACCAGAGUUGGACCCAAGCACACCAUCGCCAAUCUUCGGUGGGAGCACUGGAGGGUUGCUGCGCAAGGCACAGGUUGAAGAAUUCUAUGUCAUCACAUGGGAUUCCCCUAAAGAACAAAUCUUUGAGAUGCCAACUGGAGGCGCAGCUAUUAUGAGGCAGGGUCCUAACUUGCUCAAGUUGGCCAGGAAAGAGCAGUGUUUGGCUCUUGGCACUAGAUUGAGAUCCAAGUACAAGAUCAAGUACCAGUUUUACAGGGUGUUUCCUAAUGGAGAGGUGCAAUAUCUUCACCCUAAGGAUGGAGUUUAUCCUGAGAAAGUGAACCCUGGUCGUCAAGGUGUAGGCCAGAACUUUAGAUCCAUCGGAAAGAAUGUUAGUCCUAUUGAGGUUAAGUUUACUGGCAAGCAAGUUUACGACAUAUGAUGUGAUUUAGAGAUGGAGUAAUUGAUUGUUGAAUCUUGAAUAUGCUUUUAUUGUUCAUAGAAAUGGUUGAGAUGUGAACACUUUUAUAUGAUGCUUGAAUGAUUCCUUGUUGAACCAUUAUCCAAUUUGCAAGAUCUGUAACAUCAAUGUUAUAUUUGUAACUUUUAAAACAUUUCCAAGCA